UCACGACCGUUUUGUCCUCUACUUUCCCUUUUCUCUUCGUAGAGAAUCCAAGGCUCCUUCCCUUCCGACCUUCUCCUAUCUCUUUCUCCUCUCUGUAUUUCAAUCCCAUUUUCUUCAAACAUGAUCUAGAAAACCUUUCUCUCUGCAAUCAACAUCAUCUUCAAAAUCGACCAAACAUCUCCAUACCCAUUCUCCCAUGGGGUGUUUUCUCGCCUGUUUCGGCUCCGUCAACCGGAAGCGUCGAAAACCCGCGAAGAAAACGCUCCAGAGAGACCGAAGCCAUAGGAACUAUGAACCUCUGCAACCCAUUUCACCUUUGAAGAAGACUACUACAGAAACAGCAAUCAGCCCAAUUCCAGAAGCAAGAGACAAACCUCAGGAUCUUAGCUACAAUAGCAGAAAGAAAGUCACCUUUGAUUUGAAUGUCGAAACAUACAUCGAGGUCUUAACUCCUGAAGUUCCAAAUUAUGCAUCGGAGACGGAUGAAGAGAAAGAAAGGGAAAAGGAAGAGAAGAAGGCAAGAAAUGGAAGCAGACCACAUUCUCUGUCCGAAGAUAAUUCAACUUCAUCAAGCACGAGCACAGGAUCUUACCCUUCAAAUCACAGAUACCAGAAUUCUAUAAACAGCAAUGAAGAGGAGGAGGAAGAAGAAGAAGUUGAAUAUGAGGACAGUGAUUUUGAAGAUGAAGAUGAUGAUAGUGAAGAAGAAGAGUCCUUUGAAUCGUACUUUUCUAGGAGUCCGUUGGCUGUGAAAGAGGAUGAUGACUGGAGACCCUUCUGUGGUUCUUCUCCUGAUAGGAAAUCGGUGCUUUUAGUAAAAGGAAAUGCUCGAGAUCGAAGCCAAUAUGUUCAUUCCGUGUUGAACCCAGUAGAAAAUCUCACUCAGUGGAAGGCUAUCAAGGCAAAAACUGCAGGGCCAAUGAAGGAUCAUCAAAAGGAAAAUGCCAUUUUAGACGCAGAAUUGCAGCUACCUUUCAGUCCAGAACCAGCUUUCAAGCUCCCAAAACCUCAAAUACCCAUAGAUGCAAACAUUAGUUUUGAUCCGCCGAAGCCUCUGAACAAAGAAAUUUCAGUCAAUGCAAGUCUUUCAAGCUGGUUGGUUUCUUCUGAAACUGCGCAACCCACAAAAACUAGCAUGGCCCGGUUCAAUUUUUCCGAGAUAAGCAAGUCUCAGGGAUCAAAUUCAUCGAGAAUUAAUGAAGAUAGGCCAAUUUUAGGUGCAUUAACAGAGGAAGAGCUCAGGCAGUCAGCUCUGUCUUCAUCACCGAGAAGGUCGCCAAGUCGGAGCCUGGAUGAAAUCCCCAUCUUGGGUACUGUUGAAGUUACUGGAAUCAUGGAAACCAGGCCAUGGAUUCUGAUACCAUGCUGAACACAAUGAACAAACACCGAACGGUAUUGAGAGCACGGUAAAAGACUACAGGGGAGAAACAGGGGAGCUUGGUUUAAAAAUCUUAUGGGGACUGAUAAAAUGCACUUGGUGUGGAGGAUAAGAGAGUGAAUUGGCACUCUACUGUUUUUGAGUUAAGGUUGGAAAGAAUUUUGAAACAAGGUGCUGAUGAAGCCUACUCAAGCAAUCCUCCUGGUGCAUGUUAGAGAAGUGUGGGAUGUUGGAGUGGUAGUGUUUGUUUGUUUCAGUAAAUUACUUUUUCUCUGUACAAUGUGAAGGUUUUGUGAUUUGAAUCAUCCCUCUCCUUGGACUGGUGGUAUUUGGUUGCCUCAUCUAUGGGGUUUGUAUUUGUUUCGAGUGUUGGUGUUUGGUUGUCUCAGCUCUCAGGUUUGUAAUUUUUAUUUCUGGGAAGGUAUUUCUUUGGACAUUGUAUUUGUUAUUGUUUGUGAGAGAGGAAAUAAAUGAAGCCUAUGCUGCUGUUUGAAUCUUCAA